UAUGAUGUAGGAUUGGAAGACUCAACCCAUGUGCUGAAAGAACACGGCAUGGUAUUCAGUGCGACGCUGGGUAUGGUGGACGUGACACGAGGGUCCAACUCCUACUACAAACUGCAGAUACUGGAAAGUGACACGGGCAAAAACUACUGGGUCUUCAGAUCCUGGGGGCGUGUCGGGACGGGUAUCGGGGGCAACAAGGUGGAGCAGUACAGAGGCAAUAAGGCUGAUGCCCGUCGGAAGUUUGUGGAACUUUACACCGAGAAAACUGGCAACCCUUUCGGCACCAAGAACUUUGAGAAGAUACCUCAUAGAUUCUAUCCCCUGGAUAUUGACUAUGGAGAUGAUGAGGAGAUUGCCAAGCUGGACGAGGCUGUCGAUAUCGACUCCAAGCUCCACCCACAAAUCCAGAACCUGAUGAAACUCAUCUUUGACAUCGACACUCUGAAAAAGACUAUGGUUGAGUUUGAGAUCGACAUGGACAAGAUGCCUCUGGGGAAGUUAUCUCGCUCCCAGAUACAGAACGCCUACUCUGUGCUGACAGAGCUUCAAACACUGAUUGAGGCCGGUAAUGCUAGCAGGAACGCCAUGCUAGACGCUACCAACAGAUUCUUUACUCUCAUUCCUCAUAACUUCGGCUUCGAAUCCAUCCCCCUCCUGAACACGUUGGAAGUCAUACAGCUGAAGACAAAGAUGCUUGAUAGCUUGCUGGAGAUAGAGGUUGCCUACAGCCUGUUGAAAGCCAGCCGAGGAACCCAGGCCGAGCAGAAUCCAAUCGACGCUAACUACGAGAAACUCAAGUGUCUCAUGGAGGUUGUUCCUCAAGGCAGUGAUGAGUUCAAGAUGAUUGAGGUGUACACUAAGAACACCCACGGUGCCACUCACAGCUCCUACAAACUCAAAGUGGAGGAGGUAUUUCGUCUGGAUCGAGGAGAUGAGACAGCACGUUACAAACCAUUCAAGAAGCUGCAUAACCGCAUGCUGCUGUGGCACGGCUCCAGACUAUCAAACUACUGUGGUAUCCUGUCACAGGGCCUGCGCAUCGCCCCGCCUGAAGCCCCAGCUACGGGUUACAUGUUUGGCAAGGGCGUGUACUUUGCCGACAUGGUGUCCAAGAGCGCCAACUACUGCUUCACUAACCGCAACAACUCGACGGGCCUGAUGCUGCUGUGUGAGGUUGCUAUCGGCAACAUGCAUGAGCUGACUAGUUCCUCCUACAUCACCCAGCUACCUAGUGGGAAACAUAGCACCAAGGGAAUUGGUGGGACCUACCCAGAUCCAAAAGGUCAAAUCACCCUGGAUGAUGGCACCAUUGUGCCCACAGGGAAGGCUAAGAGCACCUCUAGCUACUCAAGUCUGCUGUAUAACGAAUUCAUCGUGUACGACGUGUCACAGAUCCGCAUGAAGUAUCUCAUCAAGAUGAAUUUCAUCUAUUAGUUGCUUAUUUUCCGUCUUAACAUCCGAGGCCAAUUACAUCGAGCUGCUCAGCACUGGAAAAUUACUGAACAGAACAGAGGAGGUAUUUGGUUUUUAUAGCAAAAACACAGCGGGUUUCAAAGCAACCGUCAUGCAGUUUUUCGUUUCCAGCUCGUGAGUGAUUUUCUGCCAUAUAUACGCCUUGCUCAUAAAUUUGCUCAGCUUUAUUUUGGAGAAGAAUUUGAUGUGAAAAUCACUCAUUUUUGCCAUGGAGAGGGACGACUACACGACUACUUGUAGGGAAGAUCAUAUUUUGAGGGAAAAAUUUCUCUAAAUUCAUUGGAUUACCCCAAAAAGUUUGAACGGAAGUGAAAGAGGGUAAAAGACCUUAAAUUAGGUCCGCAUGUUGAGCAGCCUGGCGAUUUG